AUGGCUGCCACUGUUGCAGCACCUACGCGCUGGGUGGUCAUCGACGACUCAGAUAGCCGCAUUGAGUACGACGGCGUUUGGUCUGUGAUUGAUGGAACGCCAUUGGAUAGCACUGGCGAUGCCGGAAGUACUUACCGCGCGAGUGAGCAUUCCACGACCGCGGUGAAUGCGAGCUUCUCGUUCAAAUUCAAUGGCACCAACGUAUUCUUCCAGGGCACCGCGCCUCCUCUCCAUCUAGACGUGGACGGAGUUAUACCAUGGGAUUGUGUCCUCGAUGGUCGCUCUCAGGUUGGCCGCAAGAUAAACGCUGGCCUCACGUCGGAGAAUAAUUUCAUCUAUUGCAAAUACGACAACCUCUUGCCUGGGGAGCACACAGUAGGCGCGAGGAUUACCGCCGAAGGACCCAGCUUCUACCUCGAUCGCCUUGUAUACGGAGACGUUAACUCGCCUCCUUCCAGUGCAAACGCGAUCAUUCAGGUCGAUUACAACGACCCGGAAGUGAUAUACAGCAAUUCGCCGUGGAUGUCGUAUGCAGGAUAUGGGUCUAAGAAUAGCGACGAGGCUGAAGCUACCAUCUCAUUCGAUUUCACAGGAAACUCGAUCGCAUGGUACACCGUGGUACCAAACAGCAUGCUCAACGCAUCCUCGGCAAGCUAUCAGAUCGACGACGAAGCGCCAGUCCUAUUCGCCAUUCCUGGUACCUUCGCGACACCUCAGCUCUACCAAAAAUACUUCGAGACACCCAUGCGAGAGUCGAAGACCCACACCCUGUCCGUCAAGUACCUCGGACCAACCGGCGCCAUGCCGCUCUCGCUCUCCUACAUGGAAGUCACGAAUAUCCCUGCAACAACACCAUCCUCUUCGUCGCCAACUUUUAGUUUUGAGGGCGUUGAGAACAAGAUACCAAUCGCACCCCUCGUAGUUGGGAUCGUUGGAGGGAUCGGAUUGCUCCUUCUGGCGGCGUUCCUUGUGUGGUUCUGGCGUCGCCGCCGCAGGAGACCAGUUUCGCGGGCUGUACCUCCCGUCGUCCACAUGAUCAAGCUACGCCCAAGAGCUCCUUCAGUUUCUUCGUUCGAAAAUGAGAAGAAGAGGCAUUCGGGAAAUUUGAAAGUAAUACCGGAUGAAGCAUGGGAAGCACGUUGA